GCGCGGGGAGUGGUUAAAUGCUGGUCCUUAUACCUAGAGACAGGCUCAGCACAGUGCUUUGGAAAGGGCAACUGGAGAUGCUCACCUAAACAUCCUCAGGGAAACACUGGCAACUUUUAGUGGGGCUUUUAAUCAAAACAGAGACAAAUAUUAAGUGUACAAGGUCUUUCAAAUGCUCACCUGUGAAAGCAUCUGUGUGGAUACAGAAGCACUUUGCCCAGCCUUAGAGAUCAGCAGGUUAAACUGGUGAGUUUGGGACUUGUCACUGUUGAUGCUGGGUUUGUUCAGAAGAUAGCAAUCUGCUGCCACUAUUCGUUAUUCCAUUAGAUCUGGAAAGUUCCACUUAUCAAAUGGGUGCAGAGGAUCUCCCUACAUGCUCAGCUCUGACCAAGGUUUCCCUUAGGUGAUUUUCAUCAGUGGAAACUUUGCAUUACACAGAACUCUAUACUGGGGUCCCACAUCUGAAAACAUCUUCCGAAGAAGGCUUUGGACUUCACCUUAAGAAAGACAGAUUUCCACUUUAGACACCACGUCAUUUUCCUUCCUGCGAGAAUAACAUGAACCAGAAGGUGUUAGUUUUCCUUCUCCCAAAUUUUUUAUUUGGAAUAUUUCUUUUUGGGUUUUUCUGCAGGAGACAAAAAAACCUAACAGAUGCUUUUUCCAAUCCUACUGAAAAUUGGCUGACAAUUCAAAAUGGUCGGAAAAACACACUGGCUUCUGUCUGCCUGAGGAAUAACCUCAAUAAAUCAAGAAGCAAAUUGGAUUCUCAUGUUGCAAACCAGCUCUUUGUGGAGCACAAACAUAAAUUUAUCUACUGUGAGGUGCCUAAGGUAGGCUGCUCCAACUGGAAGAGAAUUAUUUUUCUUCUUCAAUCAGACUUGAAUGCAGAAGCUUCUGAAAUUGAGCAUGACAACAUCCACCAUACCCAACUAAUCAAAAGGCUGGUGUCCUACCCUCCUGCCUUACAAAAGGAAUUUCUAAGCAAUUACACCAAAGUGAUGUUCACCAGACAUCCCUUGGAACGGCUGGUUUCAGCUUACAGAGACAAACUCCUGCACUCUGAACCAUUCUACAGUACCACUAUUGCUAAUGAGAUCAGGGCAAUGUUCAGGAAAAAUAAAAAUUCUUCUGAAAAAGUGAGUUUCCAGGAAUUUGUCAACUUCAUUAUGGCAAAACCACCACAUACUCUUGACAUUCACUGGAAACCAAUGUUUCUGCUCUGUGAUCCUUGCAACAUUCACUAUGAUAUUGUGGGUAAGUAUGAAACUCUUGGCUUGGACUCUGAGCAUGUUCUGAAGGUCAUUGGUGCACCAGAGAGCCUGCAAUACCCCAGCUUGAAGAGAUACAGCUCAGAGAAACGAACUGAUGGUGAUAUCACCUUAGAAUACCUCAGACAACUGACCUCAGAACAGAUUGAGAAGAUAAAAAAAUUGUAUGAAAUGGAUUUUUUUUUGUUCAACUAUACUACAAAAUACGAGGAUUAUUUUUCCCUCAAUGACUAAUGUAGGUUAAACAAAGAGAAGUGUCCUUUGUACAAAAUGGGCAGAACUUGUCCUCACCAGUGCUUGAUUGAUGGGUUGGUGACUGCUGCUGAGAUUAUCCUGGAGUUUGUAUAUAUGGUUUAUCAUUGUAAGCACCCUUAUAUAAAAUCCCUGCCAUGAUCUCUUGUUCCGUGCAGACCUUUCCCUAUAAAAAUGAUUGUCUUCCUAUUGAUCUUUAACAGCAUAUGUUGAUUUCAUGAAAAAUGUUCAUAAGUGAUAGAUUUUGGUCCAUUGGUAAAAGACACAGGAAGGAUUAAGAAUGUUGCAUUUCACAAUUGAUAUUUUAGAACACCAGUUUUACUUGUUUUUUUUAAUUAGAAAAUUUGCAUAAGAAGCAAUAAAUUAUCUGCUUGAGAGUUAAACCUCUUCGCAAGAGCCUCGAUCAUAAAUGCUGUAGGAAAGGAGCAAAUACCUUCAGAUGCUUGAAGCUGCAUUACACAGAACCUAAUGCUAGGAUAUCUACCUAUCUAGCAGUGCUCUGAUCACACCCAUCAGCCUCAUCCCACAAGCAGCACAGUUGUCAGCAUCUUAAAACUCUUCUGAUGCACAGAUCUGGCAUUCGUGGUGACCUUACAAACUCUUUUCACCCAUUUUGUAAUCAUUUUAGCAGAAGGUCUGAAAAAUGCAUUGGAGUUUCUUUAGAGAAGUAGUUAGAGAUACCUUCAAAACUGUUCAGCUGGGGUGGUGCAAGAUCUAAAAUCUCAGUGGAAAAGUGAUUAUUAUUUAUUCUCCAAAAGCACUUAACACCCAGUCAAUGGACAGGCCAGUCAGUGCAGUGGGGACAAUGUUUGGGCUUUCCCAUUUGUACUGCUGGAAUCCACAAGCCCCUGGGACUUACCUGAGCAUGGCACUCGGGAGGAGCUGUAACCUUAGAUAAUAUUUUUGUUCUACUUGUUGCUUUCUCACAUUGCAGGAGAAUGACUAAAAUAAAUUGUGAGUUAUGGUGAGGGGAACAAGGAAACAUGAGAGAAGCAACUCAAACCAUUACCCUCUUUUUAUAUUCCUUCUUAUAUAGGUGGCUUUGGUUUGAGAUCACUGAGGGGCCUAUAACUGCUAUUUUAUUAAACAAGAAAUUUUCCCCUUUUAAAAAAAUUGUACGUCAAGUUCAAUUAUUAAUUUGUGACCAUAUUAAUUGUAACAAAUUUUAGCAACUAAUUGUGACUAUUGGCACCACCUCUAGGGGAUGUCAGUCUCUCAGCAGCUAACUUGACAAUCUCUCAAAUGCACUUAGUUCCUUUCAGCUAAAUCUGCAGAUGCUUAAAGGCUGGCAGACUGGUCUUGGACCCAAAGCUGGCUCUCAGCUUCUCAUUACACAGAAAAGGACAGAUGCAAAAUAAGUUAACCACAGAAUAGUUACCAAUCUGUACAGCCUUUGCUGCCAGGAGCAUGGGCAAGGGAGAGGGAAAAGAAGACUGUGAAAAAUUGACACAAUGGGGUUUAACUUAUGAGGGUUUGGAGGAGCCCUCCCAGUUCAGGAAGUGAGUUGCAGGAAUUAUCUGCUCCAGUGGGAAGGUGCAGCAACACACAACAUCAGCUGGAGACAGUGAUCAGGCCACAGCAGCAGGAGAGGCCCAGAAGGAAAUGCUUUCUAUGCCCCUUGCCAGCAGAUGGUACACAAGCCAGGACUAGCAUUCUGUACAUCUGGCAGGUCUUGCCUGGCUGACUGUUUCCUAAAUGGAGCACCUUUGGCACAGGGAGAGAUUCGAAGUGAGAAGACCAAGCAAGAACAGCAAAACAAGUUGGAAAAAAAAAAAAAGUUAUGAUUUUAUGCAGAAUGAUUCAUAUUUCUGGAUCUUACCCUCACCAUCACCAUAUUUGGUGUCCCCAUAAACCUGCUAUCCCCUGAUAUCGGAUUGUUCAUGCUGCCCUGGCAACUCUGUAGCUCAUGUAGGUUUUUCUUUUUCUUCACUUGUUAGUCUUGUUUAGUCAAAGGAAGCUGGAAAUUACUCCCAUCAAAGUUAAGGCUGUGCAGAAGGAUGCAGUCUCUCUUUCCUGAAACAGAGCUACAUGCUUCAGAUCAUGCAGAAGUGGAGGGGAAUAAGAUUUGCUUCAUAACCCACUUCUACAUGAGAGAUCUCUCCAGAGCUAUAUCUGAAGCUGUAAGAAUAUCUAAAAAUUAAUGAGUGCUCUGGCAACCUCAUCCAGCCUAGGAAAGCUCUGAAGAAAUGAUACUGACAGAGUUUUAUAGAUGUCUUUGCUAUCAGCACUCAGUGUUAACACCCCCCUCCAGUUUCUUGCUGUUAGAUGUGAGUGGCUUUCUAUUCUUAUUUUCUCUUUCACAGGUUCACAUUUUGUUCCUACAGUGGUUGCAGAAAAAUGAUGGCUAAUUCAUUCAUCACAAGCAUUAGUCAGUAGCAGAAGGGUAUCUAUUAAAGCAGAAAAAUCUCUGUAACUAUUCACAGCAGGCUUUGAGUUUUGCCAUUUGCCUACAGUGAACUGCAAGUAGCACAUGCCUCAGCUCACUGGCUGCUGCAAUGCUGUUUAGCUGAUGUGGGUCUGAACAAAAAAAAAAGCAGCAGAGGACAUAUGUACGUGUAUGUGUCCAUAUAACAGGGUGUACUGUCCUUCCUACAAGUGCACUGUCCAGAAUAAGGCUCUAAGCUGAGCUAGGAUCCCUCCUGACUUUUGCUCAGAGAAUAACCCUCAGUGGAGCUUCUUUCCUUUGCUAACCCUUUGUGGUGUGUUCCUGGGAGGAAAAUGGAUUCUUGCAGUUGGGAGCAAAGGUGGAGGCAGUGUGGUGAGGCUCUGGCCCUGGGGAGGAUUUGAAUGGGGAGGGAGUGCCAUAAUUCAUCUUUUGAUUUAUUGUUAUAUGCCUGAAAUAUGAUCAUUGCAAUGUUCAUUUCUGAUUACCUUAAUAAACUGUAGAGAGUUAACACAUUAA